GGUAUUGUGCAGUAUUUUCUGCGCUUUACUAUUAUCAUAUAUCUGAGACCAAAUAUUUGUUAUGAUAUCCGUUUGGGAUUUCAUUUUGGAAUUUUGAAUGUUAAACUUUUUUCUAUGUUGUAGUUGUAGCAGAAAACCUUUUUUGUCGAUCGUAAAUAAAAAACAAUUUUCAAAGAAGAUUUGGUGCUUAAAUGUAGGUUUAUUUUUUCAGCGAAGAAAAAUGCUUCGUUAUUAACUUUCAAGGGAUAUGAACCACGUGGUUGGCAGCACUGCAGCAGCUGUGAGUGACCCUUCAACAGGCGUGUUUGCGACGCAGGCAGCCGAGGUCAUCCCAAGCUGGAACCAGUCGAGUCAGACGGAGCUGCCGGUCACCAAGGUUCGUAGCACAGUUGAUGUGUUCCUGUCAGAAUUUGACAUAAAUGAUGCCCCAUUUGCUGCGCGCGAGCUGCUCACAAAGGGAUUUAUCCAAGACGUCAUAAAUACUCUUUCAGGGGCGCAGGUGUCGACGCGUGGACGCUACCUCAGUCGUCAGGACAAGGCAGGCAGCUCGACAGAGCGAGCUCUCUACCUCCACAUCCAAGCUCCCACCAAGCAGGCAGUUUGUCUGGCGGUGCAGCAGGUGAGCAGAAUAAUCGAGCAGUGCAAGAUGGACUCUCUCCCGAACCUGAGUCGCCCCAGCAAGUUCAAGAUGGGGCCCCCCCAGCCGCAGCAGGCGCCCCAGCCACAGCCACUCAUGAGCAUCCAGACCAAUGUGCCAUCUGUGCCGUGUGCUGUGGGGUUGCAGGAGAAGGUGAUAGUUGGCCUGGACCACGCACCGCCAAUGUUCGACCUGCGCAAUAAGUUGAUCGGACAAGGAGGGGCUAACCUACACUACAUCCGCAAUGAGACGGGUGCCUUGGUGACGCUCCGUGGCAAGGGCUCUGGCUUUGCUGACCCCAUGACGGGGCAGGAGUCCAAUGAACCCCUGCACCUGCACUGCGAACACAACAAGUACGAAGCAUUGCAAGCAGCUCGGCAGCUGGCCCACAACCUGGUCGAGACAAUGCAACAGGAGUUCUCACAGUUUCAACACCAACAGCAGCAGCAACAACAACAGCAACAGCAUCAACAGCAACAGCAGCAGCAGCAGCAGCAUCAGCAUCAAUUGAGCAACAUCACUUUGCAUCAUGGCCAGUUGCAGACCGUGAGUGUGGGAGGCCUCGCCCAGUCGGGCAUCGUGACCUUGCAGCAUCAGCAGCCGGUACAGCAUCAGGAGCUGGUGCAGCAGCAAGGUGGGAUCCCAGGACUGGUGGCGACCAGCAUCUCUCUGCCCAUCAUGUCCAGCGUGCCAACUGUCUUCACCAGCCAGCUGCAGCCCACAGUGAGCCAGUUAGCGGGCCCGCCCCCUCACAUGCUGGGACUGCCUCCACCACACCUCAGCUCGCAGCCCCAGCCACAGCAGCAGCAGCAGCAGCAGCAGCCGCAGCAGCAGCCGCCGCAACAGCUGAUAGCCCAGCAGGUGCAGCUGCCUCCACCGGGAGUGCACAUCCCCUCGCACCCCGGCCCGCUCGUGCCGCAGCAGCAGCCGCAGCCGCAGCCGCAGCCGCAGCCUCAGCACCAUCACCAGCACGUACAGGCCAUGCUGCACCAACAGCAGCACCAGGCUGCCCCACAGAACCACCUGAUCCUACAACAGCCUCCCCCGACGGGCCUGCUGGCUCCAGGGCUGGUGGUGGUCAGCCAGCCACAGGCGAUGCAGCACGUCAUCACCUCGCAGCCGCAUGGCGUGGGAGUGCAGGCGCUAGUGCCGCCGCCCCAGGGCAUGCUGUACCCGGGCCAGCAGCUGUACGUGAGCCCCAGCCAGCCGCCGCCUGCCCAGGGGGAGCCCCAGCCUGUCCCGGUGCCUGUCACCCAGCAGCAGCAGCAGCAUGCCCCGGCCCCCGCCCCAGCUUCCGCCCAGCAGUUCCUCGCCGUGGGCCCGCAGCACACUGUCACCAUGUCGUAUCCCUACCAGUAUGUGCCGACAACCCAGGCCCCACCAGUGGUGAGCUAUCCGAACUUUGGACGGCCAGACCAGCCGCCCCAGCAGCUGACCCAGGUGUGGCCUCAGGCCGUACCGGCACCAUCCCAGGCAGCCCCACCUGUACAGCUGAAGCCGAGCCCUGUGCUGCAGCAACAACAGCAGCAGCAGCAGCAGCAGCAGCAGCAGCAGCAACAGCAGCAACAGCAGCAACAGCAGGUGCUGGGACCACCCCCAGGGAUGCAGCAGCAAGCUCCGCCCCCGGGAAUGCAGCAGCAGGCUCCACCCCCGGGAAUGCAGCAGCAGGCUCCGCCCCCGGGGAUGCAGCAGCAGGCUCCGCACCCAGGAAUGCAACAGCAGGUUCUGCCCCCGGGGAUGCAGCAGCAGGCUCUGCCCCAGGGGAUGCAGCAGCAUGCUCUGCCCCCAGGAAUGCAGCAACAGGUUGCACCCCCAGGAAUGCAGCAGCAGGCUCCACCCCCUGGGAUGCAACAGCAAGGCCCACCCCCAGGAAUGCAGCAGCAAGCUCCGCCCCCAGGAAUGCAACAGCAAGGCCCACCCCCAGGGAUGCAACAGCAAGGCCCACCCCCAGGGAUGCAGCAGCAAGCCCCGCCCCCAGGAAUGCAGCAGCAAGCCCCACCCCCAGGAAUGCAACAGGCUCUGCCCCCAGGAAUGCAUCAGGCUCCAUCCUCAGGAAUGCAGCAACAGGCUCCUCAACCCGUACAGCCUCCCACAACACAGCCACAACCGGACACACACCACCAGCAACAGCCACAGUCACAACACCAGCCCCAGCCGCAUAGCAAGACGGGCCAGAAGAGGCGCUUCACCGAAGAAGAGACACGUCCAAACACUUUCCAGGCGGUACGUGGUAGUUCACGUAGCGUGUCGCGUGUUGUGCAGACUCGUGACUUGGCCGGGGCAGCCCAAGGGGUGAACAACUCGAGUCAGCCUCCACGACAAGGGAUGGGUGUGGACGAGUUGAUGCAGCUAAGCCAGCAGCAGCGGCAGCAACACCACGUGGCGGUGAGCCAGCCGCCGCCGCAGCAGCCUCACCAGCAGCAGCCGCCGCAGCAGUCGGCACCACGCGCCACAGAGCACGACAAGCAGCUCAUGCCUCCGCCCCCCCCACCUCAGUCCCCCGCAGAUCACCUUCUCGGGACCCGGACCAUGGCCGCUAUUCCGGGCGCUGUACAAGGUGACAAGCGACCAGCAGAAGCGGAGACGAACCCCAAGAGGAGUAAGAGUAAUUCAGGCUACAGCGGCGGCGCGCGAGGGGAGGAGGGCGGCCGCGAGCAGGACGGCCGUGAGCGGCAGCGCGACCGCCCCUCCUACAACCACUACUCGUCCAAGCCGCAGAUGUACAACGCCAGCCUGCCCUUCCACAUGCACGGCAUGGGCGCGUACCCGCCCCCGCCCCCGCCCCCUCCGCCCGCCUCCCAGCAGCAGCCGCCCCAGUACUCCUACUACAACGGCCCGGGCGGCCAGUACCAGUACAAUCCCUACUGGAUGAUGCCCCAGUGAGGGACCACGCAACCCCAUCUUGGCUUCUCAUAAUCAUUCCUAGCUUAGAUUGUGUUUGUUCAUCUUUAUACAGAUAUUAUUGUAGAGUGUUCAGUUUAGUACGAUUCCAAAACCACCCAUCUUCUUUCUAUCUUACCCGAACAGUACCUAUAAAAUAUUAGGAAAAAAAUCUGUUACCCCAAUAGCAAUAUUGCAAUCCAAUAAAUUUAAACUAAUCAUGUGUGUGUAUUAAUAAAUAAAACAAUUUCUUCCCCCUUCACUGGCCACAGAAUCUAGCUUUGAAUGCUUGUUUGAGUCAACUUCCGUAAUCUGGAGUCAGUUUCUCCCUUCUGGCACAGGCUAAACAUCUAAUAAUCAAUACCAGUCCAUAAAUCGGUACAAUGUAUUAUAAAUACCAAUUGUUUGCCUUUUAAAGCCAAUAAUAAGGAUACGUAAUUCCAAUUUAAAGGCAUAACAAAUAAAUUUAUCAAUCCAAGAUGGUGUGGUAUGAUCCUCUUAAAAGUUUUGUAGUUUAACCCACUUGUUUGUGUAAUGAAUACCCUUGAAGUGCUAUUGUAUACCUCCCCGCAUGUUUUUAAAUUUACAAGCAUCCUUCUCUGAAGCCUGUAAUACACAGCUGCUGGACUAAUGUUGGUUAGAAAACAAUGUGUAGUGAAGCUGCAGAUGCUGGGAAAUGCAGUCUGUUUGUGGUUCAACACCGGAUAGACACUGUGUGCUGAAGUGAAUACGAUGCAUAAAACCGUGCAACAUGUGAAAUGACAUUCGUACUGGUAGCACUGGGACAUGAUAGAAUUAUUAAGGGGUUAAACGUGGACUGAGUUGAAUUUUUGCUAUUGCUGGUUCCAAAGACACAAUUUGGAAGGAAAUAAUGGGUUUUAUUUUUACAAUGUAUUGUAAAGUAAACACUGUACUCAAUCCUAGAAUGUUUUUGCUUUUGCAUAGGUUAAAAUAAUAGUUGCUUUCAUAAGGUGUGAAUUAUAUAUGUAUGAUGAGAUUGAUUGUAAAUGUUUUAUGACUAUGAAAAAUUGAGUAUGUGUGUCUAUAAAAAUGAUCUAGUUUUCUAUGAUUCCAUAAGACCAUUUUGUGUGAACUUCAGGUAGACUGCUACAUGUUAAGAGUGGCAUUUUUUCUAGUUACAUGUGUAUAUUUAAUCAACAUUUCAAUUCAAAUGUUAUUUUUUGUGAUGACUAUUGUAGGUUCUUUCUUUUUCAUUGAAAUGCCAUGCAGUUUCCUGUCAUCUAAAAUUUAACUAUAAAAUGUUCAAUGUACAAAUUUUGCUGGUUAGCAAUAAACAUUCUUUAUUAAUAAUUUUUGCUUCAGUAUUUAACAUUAAAUAGUAGGGAUGUGCGAGUACCCGAUAUUUCCGGGUACGGUUCGAAUCCACAAUUACAAUUACCCGAACCCGGAAUCGUUGUACAUACAUGAGUUCGAACAGAAUUACGAAUAUUCACAAAAGUUAUAAAUUAUUUUAAUACGGCUCAAGAAUACUAGCAGUGAAAAAUAAAAUUAGGCUACUAUUAAGUAAGUAUUUAUAAUAUGAUGUAUCAAAGAAAGAUAUGUAAAUUAAAUAAUUAACACAGUGACAUUAAAAGAAUUUCGAGAUUUCGAGAGCUUAAACUAUAAUUAUGAAUUUUGUCGUAUAGCAAAUUAUAAACCAAAAACAAAUACAUACCUACAAGAAAAAAACAUCUUGGCUAUUUAUUGGAGAAAAAAUGGUUUUGUUUGCUGAAACAUUUAUAAAUCUGAGAUUUCCCUUUGGCGUGCAGUUUAUUACGAUUGAGUUGGAGAAUCGAAUAUGUUUUGGUUUUCAUAUUUUAAAGUGUUUAUUAUUAAUUAUUAUAAACAUUUCAAUCUCAGUGUAAUAAAUAAUUGCCAGUAGUUACAGUUAGAAAAAAGAGAACACACAUUAUUUUUAAAUUAAUCAGUUAUUUUUAAUUAUUCUGUGCUUAAUAUUCGGAAUCGAAUUCAUAUCUCAAAUAUUGCCAGGGAUUGAAAUCGUAUUCGAACCGAACUGAAAAUCAAGGUUUCGCACAUCCCUAUUAAAUAGUAAUGAUGCUGUGGCACUUGGUCAAAAUAGUAAUAGUCCUCCAGCACAAAAGCAUAAGGGCUUAGCCAUACUGGAAGCAACGAGAAGACGAGACACUUGGGAAUGAAACAAUGCUAUUUUAUACGGGUGGCCACACUGAGCGAGGCCCGACAGCUAGGUGCAAGUUGUUAAAUCAUAACUAGAGGAAUAAAGAUAAAAAGAGAGAGAAACCAAAGCCUAACCCUUUUUUCGCCCCCUUAAUGGGACGAGGUUUGCUCCACUGUUGGAGAAAUACAUAUGUCGGCACUAGUGAUACUGUUCAGUUAGCAGGGGUCACUUGUAUCUCCGUAUCUGUCCCGCGUGAGACCUCUCUUUUUCUUAGACUUGGGCAUUACCAGGUAAGAUAAUCUUCAAAGUCCUUUGCCGAACAUAAACAAGGUAGAGAGAGGCAUUCUAUGGAAAAAGGUCAUUCAUUCCUGCCUUGUAGUUGUUUGAAGACAUCACAGUUGUCUGUGUUUCCUCUUUGCUGCUAGACAAGCCAGGCUGUGGCUUGCAGGGCGAAGUGCAACAUCUCGAGGCAUAAUUGUUAGCAUGUAGGCAAUAAAGAAAUUGUUGUAACACUUAAUAAAAAUUAUAUUUAUUUGUAAAGGUGCAACAUUCAAACAAACUUAAAUUAGGAGCAAAUGUCUCAUAAACAAAAUAUAAAGGCAAUGACUUGUUAAUUUAAUAAAUAGGAUUUCGGAAUGACAUUUUGUUGACCUUCAUUUCAAAUAGAACUUUUAAGGACAAUGUUUGGAAGAUGUUUAAUAAUUUUGGUCUUUUAGUCAAAUAAUUAUUCAGUUAUUUUCAUUUAAAAAAAUUAUAAAAUGUGGUACUGAGGAAUCAUGAUCCUUGAAACUGAUCUGAGUAAGCAUAUACACACAAUAGGAUUUUUUGCAGUUACAUUAUAAUUUUAGUCAUUAUGAUAUGAUUUUCACUAUAAAUAUACAGCUGGAAUGCUAUAUAUUUAUAUUGAUGUAUUUUAUUAUAUUAUAUAUAUAUAUAUAUAUUAUAUAUAUGCAUCAUUUGAUCAUACAUUUAUUAUAUUCUGUUUAAAAUCAAUUAAUAAAAUAUUUACGACAAUGGUGUAUGUGCAUGACUGCGUACAGUGAGUUCACACUUUUAAGAACACUUAAAUAUAACACUUGAAAAAUUUCUCUGCCUGUAACUGCGUACAAUGUAACUUUAAACAUUGCCUGGUAAACACCCGUACAAAUUGCCAAUGAAUGCGCAAAAGUAGUCCCAUGUAAUAAAUGUCAUUAAAGAGUAACAUUUAAAUUGGGGACCCCUGUACUCUGUUUAUGACUGCUUUACGUAAACUUGAGUAAGAACUGAUGUGUCGUCAGCAGACAUGCCAACUUUUUAAAAGACCUAUCAGUAAAAUCCAGAAAUGCUAAAAACAUUGCGUGAAAUCCAAGCGGCAAAUUUUUGACUACAUUUAACCUCGGUCUAAAAUUCUAAUUAAAACCAUAUAUGUCUACAGCAGUGCUAUUUAAGUUUCAGAAGAUACAGAACAAGAUCAUUUUCUUCAUUUAAGUAUAGAACCACACACACACUCACCUACUUUCCUUUUUCUUGGAGCAAGAUGGCUAGUAGAUGGCUGAAGAUUUUGAUUGGACAUAUUGAAAAACUAACACAACCUUUGCAACAUAGUUAAAAUAAAUCACUGAAAAACUGUCACAAAUAUCCACAUAAGUUAUUAUUUUGUUAAAGAGGCUGCGGUUGCUUUUUUGGCUUUCAAUAGAAAAGUUUCGGAAAAGUUUUGUUCGUAGCAAACUCCUGACUGGUUGCAUUUCAUAACAAUCAUGCUCUCUAAUGUUUUGGUUGACAUCUGUGAUCGGAACAAGGUUUUAUUUUCAUUUUUAGUAACAAGACUGAAAACAUGCUCGCAUUCAGCAUUACUGUGGGGAAUCGUCAAUACCGGUAACAUUACUUUUGACAGUCUGUCAAACUUUUUAUGGCCAUCUACCCCUACAAUAUUCCCCACAGUACUCCACUUUACAUCAACUGAAUCUUCUUUCUUGAAGAGAGAUGAAGUAUUUUCCAGCUGAAAUAAAGAGAACUGUUUUUAAAGUUCAUCAACUGCAAUGUCUCGUUUCAUUAUCAUUAACUGGCAAUAUGAAUGGAAAUCUUUUAGUGAAAAAAGUUACAUCAGAAAAACUUGGCAUUAUCUAUGUUUUCAAUCACUGCAACUUAUGCUUUCUCCAGUACUUCAUUUUUCAGAGGGAAUUUAGUGAUGAUAUAACCACAUGCAGUUACAAAGUAGGUUCUUACUGCAGUAAAAAAUAUCUGUUUGUCGUUUUCUUCAAGUUUUUCAACAACCUGAGAUGUCUUACUACCAAUAACUAAUUCAGAGUCUUCACGCUGAUUCUCAGUGGAGUGGUAACUCACUUGAUGGCACUCUACAUACUUUAUAGCAAAUGGUUUCACAAAUUUUACCAGCAAUUCUUGCAGAAGAUCACAUAGUAACCUUCUCAAAAUGUGAAUUUUAGGAGAGGCAGACUGCAAUACAGUGUUUGUUGUCUCAAAAGAAGGUGUCAUGUAAAGCAAAAAUAGACAAAAUGCUUUGUUCAAAGAAGAAGAAAGGAACAUGAAUAAUUUUUCUUCACGGGACAGAUUCAAAUAUUGGUUUUUCAGGCUAGCUUUUGCUUCUACAGAACUGGAACUGAAUUUAGAUUUAUUCAUUUGCCUACUAUAAGGCAAAUUUUAAUGUAUUCUCUUAUUCUUAACAGUUGUACUUCCUUCAACUGAGUGACUUACAACAAGCCUAGGUGUACUAAGUUAUUGAACUAAGUUUGAGGCAGACAUAGGCCUACAUGGUGACUUAACAGGCAUGUUCACAGAACUGGACGUGCUUGGUACUGAUUUGUUGGCUGAAUGUUUACAACAUGAAGUAGAAAAAUCUUUGUGUUGCAUCAUGUUUACUUACUAAGCCUACAGAACCACUUCUGUCUUCAACUUUUGGGAUUUUGAAUGGCAUUGCAGAUGGCUGCUGCUUCUGCGUAGUCACCUCAUCCUUGAAAAAACUUUGCAAAGGGUCCAAGUUGUCUAUGAGCCUAGGCACACUACGUCCAAGUGAUAACCACCUAGUACAAAUGUGUUUCAAAAUGCUCCUUGCUUCACUAUAGUACAACUCUUGAAAUUGCUGGAGCUUUUCCUUACGUUUGGCACUUUUCUGAAGAUGAUAAUAUAUUUCAAUGAGAAUAUCCCCAGCACUGCAGGGUAGAACAGCUGCUGCUUUUCAGCUGCCAGGUUAAUUAAAUGGCAUGGGCAACCAACAAUAACAAGCACUUCUUGUUUCUGCUUCAGAAAUGCAGCCACACCAUUUUUACUGCCUAACAUCACUGCUGCAUUAUCAGCAGAAAAAGCUACAAGAUGCUCAAUGGGUACAUGUAAACGACCAAGUUCACUUACAAGCAAACUACCAAUGUUCUUUCCUGUGGCAUCACCUUCCAAAGCUGGCAAAGAAAGAAGCUUUGAAACUAUUUUUUGUAGGGAUGGGUCGCAAAAUGUUACGACAAUAGGAUAAAGUUUAGAAUCAGAAUCAUUACUGCCAUCCGUAGGUACAGAAAAAGGCAAAGUUUGUAAAAUACUUACAAUGCACUGGGUUGCAUCUGCAGCCAUCUCUUACAUAAUGGCAGUAGAUUUCGUUCUCCCACAUCCAUACUUUUUUGCCACAUCCGACUUGAGGAACAUUUUUCAGAACAAUGCACCGGCGUGGUCUCCUACGCUCAUCGGAAGGUUAUGUUCAACUAAAAAGAACGUAAACAAACAUUCUGCGCAUAUUACCUACGUCAGUGCCAGAACUUUCACCAACAAUAAAGUUACUGAUUUUUUUAUUUCUUUCACCACUUUUCACAUUUGCCACGUGUUUUGAGCACUUCAGGUGAUUAGUAAUAUAAUUUUUCCCACCGUGAGCAAUGUUCAUAUCACACCUGCAUAUUGAGCAAAAUGCGAACUUCUGCCCUUUGUCCGACUUCAAAAUACACGGCAAGUUUUUACUAUAUUCAUCACGGAACACUUGAAAAUACUGCUUCUUUUUAGCACCAACGGACAUUUUAUCGGCAACUGCUGAACAGCAAACGUAAGAAGACUGCGCUGAAUGCAAACAACCAAAUAGGUACUUAUAAAUCAAACAAAGAAGAACACAAUAUUUGAAAAACACACCAAUCGAGCCAAAAAUGCAUGGCUGCUUCUUGGCUUUGUACCCCGUCCAUUGAACAAAACAACUUUCUUUAUCAAGCCUACGCAUUGUGACACAGUUCCACCAUUUUAGCAACCGACUGUCGAAUCACGAACCGCCGGUCGGUUCGGCUACGUUCGUGCGAUGUGAAUAAAUAUGGUACAGUUAGAAUGACUACAUAUCUCGUACGCUAGUUAGUAAUUGCUGUGGUACCUAAAGCUUACGUUAUUAAACCAGACAUAGGCGUGCGCACGGUAGGUGCCACAGGUGCCUUGGCACCACCAUUAGGGUUAACGUUAUUUUGUUUUUUACAAGCAUAAAUAAUACAUACUUACAAAAAAAAACGUAUUAUUUCCAAAAAAAUAUGUUUUCCAAUUGUGUCGAGUUACAGAUAUGUGCUCAUAAUACUAUCAGUAUAUCAAUUAUAAAUCGAACCAACUAUACACACGGAAACAAGCCAGGUGCAAUUACUUGUGUUGUACACGCGGGCCGCGGCAACGAAACUUCUGAAAUGUAAAUACUUCUCCUAGUUCUCCUCGAAUUACAUAGAAUGCGCGCUCGGUGUCCACUGUUCACUCCACUCGGCAGGCGCACGGAAUAAUAGCCUCUGUCCGCCAUGUAGCACUACUGUGUAAUGUUUACUCUUACUGUUUACUCAUCAGUUUACUGUUCUAAUGAGUACACGAGUACAGCCUGGGAUUGUUACGUGGAUCACUCAUUAAUUAAUUAUUUUAUUUUCACUAGUUGACAGUUGUUGUGGUUAGUUAAUUGCUGUAUAUAUUGUAUGUAUGAUGUAUAAAUGGGUGAUUAAAAUUAAAAAGCCGGGUCCCGAAAAGGAUUACUCAAUGACUUAUAUGCAGUCGCCGACAAAACAUUUUUGUUGUAUUCCAAAAGUUAAAACUUUUGCCCACUCUUAUUUGUGUAUUUUUAUUAUUUUAAUAUUUUACAUAUUUGAGGUAUGUUACAAAAACUCCCUUGAUUUGUUGAUUUUAAAACUUAACAUUUAAGAAUGUUUUUUCUAGCAUUUAUUUGGCGUCUUUAAAAAAAAUGUAAGUACGGUUUUUCAAAGCCACCAGCAUGAAUUCCGUGCAAACAAUUUGUGCAAUUUACUUUAUGGCUCAACAAAGCUUAAAACUGUAAAUAGUUUAGUAGUUUUCCUGGCGAUUAAAACGUUCAAAACCAUAAUUUGUCAUAAAAAAUGUUAAAAUUUUUACAUCUGUGUAUUUAAUGUUUUUGUUCGGAAACACCUUAAAUAGCACCAUUUUGCGCUUUCAAAUCCAAAUUUUUCCGGGGGAGAACCCCCAUACCCCCCCACCCCCCACCCCCCCUCGCUUUAGGCUCGGGUCCGUGAAUGAUAGGGCUGUUGUGUAAUCUGGCACCACCACUACUAAAGUCCUGCGCACGCCUAUGAAACCAGACACAAUACUUCGGUUACAAGUACGAUAUGCGUGCCAUAAGUAUGAUACCACAAGCGCACAAUUUAUUGAAAUCGGUAGUAUGGCGCGGAAAAUUGUUCAAUCUCAAAAUGACAUAUGAAAAAUCAGUAAAAUAUUAACAGCUCCCGUAAAACUGUAAAAACCAAGCACUUUCCGUACAUUUUACGGAAGAUCCCUAAAGGUUGGCAUGUCUGCGUCAGCCUUUGAAAAUUGUAAUAUUUUCACAUUUCCUGUGAUAAGACACAUGGGCACGAGUUUUUGGCCCUUGACAAUGUUAAUUUUACCGCUGGGUGGAAGCAAACAACACAAGAUAAUGAAGAUAAUAAGCAGGGCUUUAAAAAGUUUUCAGGUAAGUCUGACUGAUCAAAAGUAAACUAUUAAAAAGUUUUUUUUAACCACCACACAACAAAAUAAACACUAAAAAUAUUUUGGGAUCACAAAAUAACUUAACACUGCGGACUUCACUUUAUCCAAAAUGUGGAUAUUAUACAUUUGUAUGUACAUUAUUUCUUUUCUUUAUUAAUGUUGUUUGUAUUCAUUUUUUACUUGUAUACAGCCAGUCUAUUUUGGACUAUGUUGGUUGGCACUUAAUAAAUGUAUAAAUAAAUAAAAUGAGCAUUGUUGGAAAGUAACUAGUUUUUAUGAAUGUUACAGUUGUGUAAGUCUUUUUGAGUUCACAUAAUUAUAUAACCUAUACAGAUGGCUGGAUGCAUAGCCUAAAUUAAUAGCAAAGCUAUAAAAUAAUGAUACCCAACUACAGUCGUAGUUUGUCAUGCAAAGUAGCUGUAAGAAAACACUAUGCUUAUCUUUGAGUGAACUUCAAGAAAUUAACUUUAAUCCACUAUUCAUCUCAUUGAAUUAAUUUGGUAUUAGGUUACUAAAGAUUACCACGGAUAAAAGUUAACUUAAUAAUUUAAUUUGUUGAUGAAAAGGUGGCUUUCACAAUGCAUGAGUUACUUAAGAGUGCAACAUCUAAAUGAAAAAACGGGAUUGUCUGUAAAGUCGGCUUAUGGACGAUAAUUUUA